UUCAAUACCUAUCACAAAAUAAUUCCCGUUAAAACGUGCAAAAUGAAUCUAAUACGCAAGCCAGACUUGAAUACUAUUAAGAAACAGCCACCGUAUCUAACAUGAAACCCAUAAACUAUAGUGAUUAACAUUUAAAACCACCCUAGCUAAUUAGGUACCUGAAAUAAAUGUGAUUGUGUUUUACCUUAAUUUUAGACAAUUCCCAAGAUGUAUAAAAUCAUAUUGGCUUCCUUAGUUUAUUUUGUAUCUUUUGGAAGUUCUCAGUGGGAGUGUGCUCUGAUAAUAUUGCUAGCUAUAACAACAGUUUGUAAAGCUGAAUGCCAAACGAGGCAGAUCUACUGCUACGAGUGCGACAGCUGGUCGGAUAUGAGGUGUAAGGACCCCUUCAACUAUACCGCCCUCCCGAGGGAUCAGCCGCCCUUGAUGACGUGCAACGGCUGUUGCGUGAAGAUGGUGCGCAACGCCAAAUCGCCAUACGAGGUGGUGAGAAGAACCUGCACGUCCCAGCUCCAGAUCAACCUCUUCAUGGUGGAUCAUGUAUGCAUGAUGGAAAGUAGCGGAACAGGCCACAUGUGCUUUUGUGAGGAGGAUAUGUGUAACAGGGCACAAAACACUCUGACUACCACCCAAUUAACAACCUUACUACCCGUAGUGUCUGUACUUGUUCGCCUGUGCAUGAAUAGGUAGAUACUAGAUGGGCGGGUCUUAACAGAAUGCCAACACUGACGCCCGUCGAAACAUUGCUUCAAAUUUGUGCCUCUGUCGAGUAGAGGUGACAAAGUAGUGACUAUUUUCAGUCUUAGAUACAUUGGAAUGCAAUAAAAUGUUUAAAUUUUUCUCUCUAAUAAGCUUCAUGCAUUGAUGAAGAUACUAUACAUUGGAAUCCACAAACAGUGAAGGACUAUACAUAUUUAUAAAUAAAAUCCCAAAACUUCUCUACAGAAGAUUUUGAUCAUUUUUGUCUAUACAAUAAUAAAGGCCUUUGGUCAAUUAAUCCUAAUUGAAUUUAUCUGGAUCAUUACUUUUUUAUGUCACUUCCAUAGUAAAUUUCAUCAGGAUAAGAAAGAAUAAAUAAUACAAUACAGACACUAUUCAGAUGACACAACAAGACUACCUUCCUUUAUAGUGUUUUUUUUUCCGAAGGUUUCAUUUCUGAAUUAUAAGGAAAUUCUUGUCAAUUUUUGAGGCAAUGUUAGAAUCGUUGUAGUAAGUAGAAGUAGUAGAAUUAAAGAUAUUUACACCUUAGACUUAGUAAAAAGAUCAAAAGUUUUAAAUACAUAUAGUGUAAGAUUUAGGCUGAUUAGUUGAUAACACUUCUCAACAUCCUAUGCGUUGAGAAGCUAGUUUGACAAUUAGAUAUUGCCCUAUGGUUAAUAUGCUAAUUAGAGGGUAUAGAAGUGAACUUUUACUACUAAUGUACUACCAUGCCCCAUUUCUUAUUAACUUCCCUUCUCGAUUCUCCAUAAAAGGAGAAAUAAAAAAUAUUAUUUUUCCAGAGAAGAAACUUUGUACAAAAUUGUAAAUAAUCAUUAUUUUGCUUUAAACAUAUAAGAAUAUAUGUUUCAGUUAAAUUUUAAUAAAAACAGUGACAUACAAAGGAAUUCAUUUAAACAUUGUAGGAACCUAUAGCAAUAGCUUUUUGAAGUAUCAAAGUUUUAAAAAAUUAUAUGAAGAAUUGUAAAUUAUGGUAAAAGAAAUGAUAUAUUAUUCAUGUACCUAACUAAUAAAUUUUAUCUGCAUACAUUUUGAAGGGUUCCUGAUAUUCGUCUACUUUUAAAUUUUUGCUCUAAUAUAUAUAUAAUACCUAUUUAUAAAAUCAUCAACUUUAAGAGAAUUUUAAUGAUACAGUGCUAGGGUCUAUAAUGAAAGUUCUACCUUAGCAGAUUGACAAUGUUAGUGGCAAUAAUCGAAGAUCACAAUAACAAAUUUAGACUAGUUACAUAUCUUUUACUAUCUUUGUUUGAAAGACUUACCUAUGUUGUAACAGCAACACCAGUUUUACUUGAGUGUGUAUUAUACUAGGAAUAGUAAGGUAAUAAGCAUUAUUACGCAAAGGUAGCAUAUCAACUAAGUGUUACACUGACCUAAAUAAUUAUUGUUCAUAAACUAAUUGUUCAUUUCUGAAAAAGAACUGAUCACUAUAAAUCAGAUACAUAAGGUUUCGACGAUAACUCAGUUUAUUUUCAGAAAUAUUUUAAACAUCUCUAUAUAUAAUUGUUAUUCUAGAUAGAUGCUCAAUUUUCCCAUUGUAUAAGUCCAUCUAUACAUUAAAUUAUUUGUUAGUUUGUGGUAUAUGAUCUGAAAAAUGUAUAUUCUUCAAAAGUUAUAUUUAGACUUAGAAAGCAUGUUUGCACGAUUUGCACAGAACUUUAGCAAAAAUCUGCAAAUUGUGGCAUGAAGAAAAUAAAAGUAAACUCCACAUAAAACUGUAGAUGCAAUAAUAUUUGUUAAAACAUUUACCUUUCCUUAACAAUUUUAUUAUACUUCAUAGAGCUUAUUUGGAGUUUACUAUGAAUUUUUGUUGUCAUCUAAAAUUUGAUCGUUACACUCAUUGCGAUAGGUACAGAUUUAAAAUGAAGCACUGCCUGUUUAAAUAGAAUGUAUAAAUAUGUUUGAUAAUUAAAUAUAAUAAACUUGGCAAGUCCUAGAAUCAAUUUAAUUUCAGUUGUUCUCUUAAACCAAAAAUUUAAUUGAAAUCUAUUUAUUCCUACAUAAGAAUAUAUUUAGUUCCCUGUAUAAAAUUUGUGAAAGAUAUGUAGGGUUAUCAUGAUAACAUUAUACAUUAAUAAUCAAACGGGCAAUGUUUUGCAAUGCAAAAAAUGGUUAUGGCAAGCAUUUCGUCAAAUAAAUGUUACAGCGAUAGAGGCUUCCACCCAUUUUAAUGUCACUCUCGUAAAUUCUGCACAAGUUUUAGUUUAACCACUGUAUGAAAAAAAGUCUGUUAUAUGCAUGAUGAAAAGAAAAUUGUGAUGUUUCCAUUACACGCUCCACCACCACUCUCCACCUCACAAAAGUAAUUUAGGGCCUUUCUCGUUAUUUACGUUAUGUAUGCUACUGACAUUUCCCAAUGGUACGACGUAGUACUCGAUAACCCGAUAAAUUUUUCUUAUAUCGCGUAAUAUGCCGUCGAAGGGAAAUGUCGGAAUUCCAAGAUAUGUAUAUAAAACUGAUAUGUACAUUACUAUAUAACUGUUAACAUAGUUUUAAAAAUCAUAUCAAAAUGUAAAAUAAAUAUUUACGAUUUCCAAA